GAUUUGAGUUGAGAAAGCUGAUAGAGAAGAAGCUGUGGCAAUGGGAGAAACGAAUCGAUGGAAGGUGACCUAUACCAAGCAUCUCAAGCAGAAACGCAAAGUUUAUCACGCGGUUUCUUAGGCAUCCACCUCUCCAGCAACAAGAUGAUGCUCUAUGAUGAGUGCGCGAAGCUUCUAGAAUGCAGGCUCUUAAAGCAAGAUGAAGUAAUUUACUCCCGCGAAACGCUUAUAUUCAACCGUUACCUUGUUGACACUGAUGCUUCUCAGGGAGAUCAUAAGCUGGAGUCUGGUCUGAACUUCCAAGCAGGCAAUGAUAAGAUACCUGAAAAAUCUGUUGUGUUGCGAGGGAAAAACUUCCGAAAUAGCUCUGUUUGCUUUGGUGCAGAUAAGAAUAUGACUCAGCCGACUCUCAGCCCUUCGCAUAAAAUAAUUAGAGAAUUUAAGAAGAGCAGAUUGAAGUGCUAUGGGUCGCCACAAACUAGCCCAGACACUAGAAUAACAGAGGAGACAGAUUUCUUGUGCAGUGUUGCAGUCGGUCGUUUAGCAAGGAUUGAUUCAGAUAUCAGGGAUAACAGCCAGGGAUACCAGAAGCUUCCCUUGCUGUUUCCACAUUGGAUUGAUAGAACCUAA